GUACUCUGAAUUCUCAGUGUACCAAGCAUCAUUUGUGAUAUAUUCGUUUUUUUUUCUUAACAAUUCAAAUAAUCUCAGUGGCCUAAGAUAAUUUUCUGGGGUUUUAUUGACCCGUUAAGUACGUAAAGACAAAGAAAGAAAGGAUUUAUGUGAUGAAGAACUGAUAAGAUAGGGAAAUAUAAACUGAUUUGGAAUGACUGAAAGAGAGACAGGCAAAGAAAGAUUUUCAUCGAUGAAAAUGCGUUUGCCCUUAGCUAUGCAAACUAGCUAACUGGGUCUAGGCUCUAAAGACUAUAAUCGCACAAAUCAAGAUGGCAGCCUCCAUCGUCCAGUCCGCAGUUGGCACAAGAGUUAGCUCUGUUCUGAAUAGAGAUGUGAAGCAGUUUGGAAAGAAGUUUCUCUUUGACAACAAUGAAGAAACAUGCUGGAAUUCCGAUCAGGGAACACCACAGUGGGUAUCUCUAGAACUCCAGGAACCUCAUCAAUGUGCAGAGCUCCAUCUUCAAUUCCAGGGAGGGUUUGCCAGUAGGACAUGUACAGUAGAAGGAAGCUUGCCUGGAGAACAACCCAAGAAACUCAUGGACAUCUACCCUCAGGAUGAUAAUACAUUACAAAUCUUCAAGUUUCCUGCAGGAUGUUCAGCAAGCAGCUUGAAGAUCAUCUUUGCAGAGAGUACUGAUUUCUUUGGCAGGAUCACCCUCUAUAAGUUAGACAUCUUGGGCACCCCAUCAUGACCAUGGUAACCCCAGGAGUAGUGGGAAGGAAAAAUGCCAGGCAAUGGCUGUAUUCUGAGAAGAAAGCAGCAGCUCAUUGAAGAUCCUUACACUUUUUUGAGAAGAUGGGAGAAAAAGAAUAAUGAAAAGGCACUAGGUGACGUCAUAGAUUGGUACAAGAUACCAUUGAUUUAACAUUUUUUUAGUAAAAAGAAAGACAUUUUCAGAUUCAACAUUAUUUUGAAUCUUAACCCUAAAUAGACUGGGCUAUUUUGACACCUAAGAGGGGGGGGAGCUGAUUCAGCCCCCCUUAUGAUCUUGGCCAUCGAUGAAAUUCUAUGAAAAAUCUCAACGCUAAUUAAUUAUGCUAAUUUAUGCAUAAAAUCAAAAGUUUAUAGUAAAGUAAUUAACUAAAUAAUACCGAAAUAAUGCUUCUUUUGGGUUCACAGACUCUAUUAGAAUCUGAUCAAAUGUGGAUUAAAAAAAGUUAACAUCACAUUUAUUUUCUUAUCUAUUUUAUUUUUUUCUAAAUGUUUUUAUUUUUUUUGUUUUUGUUUUUUUUUUGUUUGUCUGAUUGAAACUGUUGGGGACUUUGUUUUGACCAUAAACAAGAUGGAAAUUAAUUUAUUUUAAUCAGUAAAAGGAAAAAUAAUGAUAUGUUUAUGAAUUUUGGCUAAAAACAUUAUUUGCAUGGAUUUGUACAUGAAUUCACGGUUUUGAGCAAUUCUGGGUCUGCAUGUACUUACGAAAUGUUGCGUGAUUUGGUAACCGUGUGUACCCAGGGGUCACAAUUUUGGUCUUAAAAAUUGCGCGAGACUUAACAGUAAAAAGUCAUCUAGUGACA